AUGGAAACCCUCAAAGCAUCACAAUAUAGUAUCGACCUAGAAGAGCUGGUAGCCGACGACGAAGUGGACAAGUUACACCCCGACAUAAUCGAUGAAUUCAAUCGAGCUCUGAAUACUGAAGACAGCACCCAAGAUCAAGCUGCUGAUGAAGCUGAUGACCAAAAGGAACCAGAGCCUAGUGGAAGUCGGUCUGGAACUGGAUCAGACCAAACUCCGAAGGAGCAACAGCUUGACGACAAGGCGCAGAAGCUCGCUCAUAGAUUAGACGAGCUAUGGUAG